CCGGCGCGCCGCAGUCCACCCAGAGCAGUGCCAGGGCUCGCAGCUGCGCGCUCCCGCUCCCCGCCCGCGCCUCUGCCGCUUUGCAAUGAGGGUUCUCGGGGGGCGCUGCGGGGCGCUGCUGGCGUGUCUCGCCCUAGUGCUUCCCGUCUCAGAGGCAAACUUUUUAACGAAGCAACAUGCUUCACAAGUCCUGGUAAGGAAACGUCGUGCAAAUUCUAUGCUUGAAGAAACCAAAAAGGGUAAUCUUGAAAGAGAAUGCAUUGAAGAAUUGUGCAACAAAGAAGAAGCUAGGGAGGUCUUUGAAAAUGACCCUGAAACGGAUUAUUUUUACCCAAAAUACUUAGGUUGCCUUGGCUCUUUCCGAGCCAAAUUAUUCAGUGCUUCACGCCGGUCAGCUAAUCCUUAUCCUGACCUAAGGAGCUGUGUCAAUGCUAUUCCAGACCAGUGUAAUCCUUUGCCAUGUAGUGAAGAGGGAUAUUUGAACUGCAAAGAUGGCCAAGCUACAUUCACUUGCAUUUGCAAACCAGGCUGGCAAGGAGAGAAGUGCGAAAUUGAUAUAAAUGAAUGCAAAGAUCCCUCAAAUAUAAACGGAGGUUGCAGCCAGAUUUGUGAUAACACAGCUGGAAGUUACCAUUGUUCUUGUAAAAGUGGUUUUGUUAUGCUUGCAAAUGAAAAAGACUGUAAAGAUAUGGACGAAUGCUCUGUGAAGCCAAGCAUUUGUGGCACAGCUGUGUGCAAGAACACCCCAGGAGACUUUGAAUGUGAAUGCUCUGAAGGCUACAGAUACAAUCCCACAGCAAAGUCUUGUGAAGAUGUCGAUGAAUGCUCUGAGAACAUGUGUGCUCAACUCUGUGUCAAUUACCCCGGCGGCUACUCUUGUUAUUGUGAUGGGAAGAAAGGAUUCCAACUUGCUCAAGAUAAGAAAAGCUGUGAGGCUGUUCCAGUGUGCCUUCCUUUGGACCUUGACAAAAAUUACCAAUUACUUUACUUGGCAGAGCAAUUUGCGGGAGCUGUUUUAUAUUUAAAAUUUCAUUUGCCGGAAAUCACCAAGUUUUCAGCUGAAUUUGAUUUCCGGACAUAUGAUUCAGAAGGCGUUAUACUAUAUGCAGAAUCUCUCGAUCACUCAACUUGGUUCCUGAUUGCACUUCGCCAAGGAAAGAUUGAAAUUCAAUUUAAGAAUGAUUAUGCAGCCCAAAUCACAACUGGAGGCCAAGUUAUUAAUGAUGGACUCUGGAAUAUGGUGUCUGUGGAAGAGUUAGAACACAGUGUUAGUAUCAAAAUAGCUCAGGAACCUGUGAUGAAUAUAAAUAAACCUGGAAGCCUUUUUAAGCCUACAAAUGGAUUUCUGGAAACCAAAGUGUACUUUGCAGGAUUACCUCGGAAAGUGCAAAAUGCUCUCAUUAAACCGAUUAAUCCUCGUCUAGAUGGAUGCAUACGAGGCUGGAAUUUGAUGAAACAAGGGGCUUCUGGAGUAAAGGAAAUUAUUCAGCAAAAACAAAAGAAGCAUUGCCUCGUCACUGUGGAGAAGGGUUCCUACUACCCUGGCUCUGGAAUUGCUCAAUUUCACAUAGAUUAUAAUAACCUAUCCUAUGUUGAAGAUUGGCAAGUCAAUGUGACCUUGAAGAUCCGCCCGUCUGCAGGCACUGGUGUUAUGCUUGCCUUGGUUUCUGGUAACACAGUGCCAUUUGCCUUGUCCUUGGUACAGUCCACCUCUGAAACUUCUCAGGAUAUUCUGGUAUCUGUUGAAAAUAGAGUAAUAUACCAGCUCGAGUCCAUAAGUCUGUGUUCUGGUCAACAAUCGCAAUUGGAAUUUAGUGUCAGCAGAAACCAUCUGGAGCUGUCAACUCCACUUGUAAAAGAUGUCAUCUUCUCUGAAGACCUUCAGAGACAUCUUGCUGUUUUGGACGAAGCAAUGAAAGGAGCAGUGACCACUUAUCUGGGUGGCCUUCCAGAUGUUCCCUUCAAUGCCACACCAGUGAAUGCCUUCUAUAAUGGCUGCAUGGAAGUGAAUAUUAAUGGUGUACAGCUGGACCUGGAUGAAGCCAUUUCUAAGCAUAAUGAUAUCAGAGCUCACUCAUGUCCAUCAGUUUGGAAUGAUAAAAGCAAUUCUUAGAGUGUCCUUUUCUCUGCCGAUAGUAUCUUUUUCAUAUGUGUAAUUAUACUAUAACAGUUGACAGUUUUUACUAUAACGUGUGAUCUUUGACUAUUUUGUGGUAUUUUUGCCUUCCUGAAACUUUUAAAAGGUUUUUUUUUUUGAGAAAAAAAUUUUGUUGUGAUAUAAAUUACAUUUAAAAUUCUUAUUUCUGUGGCUGUUUAGAAAUUAAAUAAUGGAACAGAUAUUUUAAAUUGGACAUUUUUGCUUCAAAUGGCAUUGCUUCAAUUUUUGUUUGCAAAAGUAAAAUUUAAUUUUGUCAUCAUAAACAAGUAUCUAUUUUUCUCAAAAGCAAACUAAACAAAAAUUCAUGUCAUUAAAUGCCAUAUAUCAUAGGCAGAUACUAGUAUUGUUUGUUUGUUUGUUUGUUUUUCCUAAUGAAGGCAAAAGAUGUGAAGGCCUAUUAAAUAUGAAUUGAAUAGAGGGCUUAAAAGUUUUCUUCCAAAAUAGUUCCCUGGUGAGACUAGCUUAGGCUUUCUCAUCUUUCCCUUUCCUAGUUUCGCAUUUGAUCCUGGAUCUUCACUGAAUUUGAAAAAAACUGAGAUAAAUUUUCAUGAGAGAAGCACAGGAAUCUUGUUGCUUGGAAACUGGAUUCAAUGAAGAGUGGUUUGUUUACAUUGGAAUGAGUGUGGAAGCCAGGAUGAGUACAUUCCUUAAAUUUGAGUGGCUCACCCAAGAUCUGCAUUAGAAAAGGCAGCAUUUAGUGAUGGUAAAGAGAAUGAAGCAGUAUGAAAGUUUAUAUUUUUCCUUGAAUACAAUAUAUAAUUACAAGAGAAAGUUGCUAGAGGUGAUUGUUGAAGGAGAAAACAAACUAUAGAAACUAGAACAAAUUUUAACAAUAGGAUAACCACUCAAGGAUAUGUUGAGUAUUCUGGCUCAAUAAUCAAAGAAGUAAGCAGGUAAAAUUGUCACUUACUGGAUGGUAAUAUAUUUCUUUUUUUUUUUUUUGUAAUAUAUUUCAAAUGACAAGUUUGUCGCUUCUGACGCAACCAUUCACAGGAGGUGUGUAUGAGAUGUUUUAACAGACAGUAUUAGAAAAUGUUUUUUCACCAUAGUUAUUUUACACCACACAAAGCACAUUAAAUUAGUGUUUAUUUUUAAAAUGUAUAUGAAUAGUAUUAUUAUUCUGUCAAUUCUUUGAACAACACAUACAAUUACAUAAUAUACAAGCAACUCUUCUUACAGCAUAUUAGUUUUCAGUUGAAAGAUUAAGUUCAAAUAUUUAUUGAAAGGUUAUGAUUGGAUUGUAGACUGGAGUAUAAAAAGUGAAGAAAUGAAAAAUGACAUGAAUUGAGUACCUGACAUAUGCCAGAAGUUGUACUUGGUCAUCUUACUGGACAUAAUUUUCUCCCAGAUGACACCAUAUACUAUGGUUGAUGAAUAUCAACAAGUUUCUAUUUUUUUUAAAAAAAGAUUUACUUAUUUAUUUGUAAGUCAGAGUUACAAAGAGAAAGAGGGGGAGAGAGAGAGAGAGAGAGAGAUCAAUCUUUGAUCCACUGGUUCACUCCCAAAUGGCCACAAUGGCUAGAGCUGGGACAGGCCAAAGCCAAGAGCCUGAGUCUGUCACAUAGGUGGCAGGGCCAUCUUCCACUGCUUUCCCAGGUGCAUUAGCAGGGAGCUGGAUUAGAAGUGGAACAACUGGGAUUCGAACCAGCACCCGUAUGGGAUUGAAGGCGAUACCUUAACCCACUGCACUACAAUGCCAGCCUCAAUAAGUAAAUAUUGAUAAUUGUUUUAAUGUAAAAAAACAAGGAGAGGGCCGACGCUGUGGCUUACUUGGCUAAUCCUCCACCUGUGGCACCAGCAUUCCAUAUGGGUGCUGGGUUCUAGUCCCGGUUGUUCCUCUUCCAGUCCAGCUCUCUGCUGUGGCCCGGGAGGGCAGUGGAGGAUGGCCCAAGUGCUUGGGCCCCUGCACCCAGAAGAAGCACCUGGUUCCUGGCUUCAGAUCGGCGCAGCACCGGCUGUAGUGGCCAUUUGGGGAAGGAACCAACAGAAGGAAGACCUUUCUCUCUGUCUUUUUCUCACUGUCUAUAACUCUACCUGUCAAAUAAAUUUAUAAAAAGGAGAAAAACUAAGAAAAUACGAGAAAAGGAAAAAAAGAGUUGAAGAAGGGGAAAAAUAAUUUCCUUUGGGGAAAUAGUCUUUGUUUCUCAUUCAAUCAUACCAGCAUUCUAGGACAGCUAUAGAAGUCAAUACCAUAUUUCGUAUUAGCAGAAACUUUCCUAUAGGCAGUGACCUUCAUAAUAAGAGAGAAAAAAAUAGGAAAACUAAAUAUCUACUUGCCUAUAAAUUCUUAAAUACAAGUAGAUAGUAACAAAUUGAAGCCCACAGAGAAAAAAGAUUAAAGAUAGGGAUAGCAAGGUAGAAAUAGAAAUUAAAAGAUUAGGAACUGGUGUUGUGGUGCAGCGGGUUAAACUGUCAUUUGCAACUCUAGCAUGCCAUAUCAAAGCAUUGGUUGUCAUCUCAGCCUAUCCAGCUCCCUGCUGAUGUGGCUGUAAAGGCAAUGGAAGAUGGCCAAGUACUUGUGCCGUGGCACUCAAGUGGGGGACCAGGAUGGAAUACCUGGCUUCAGGUUCCUGGCCUCAGCCUUGUCCAACCCUGGCCACUGCAGCCAUUUUUGGGGGGUGAGCAAUGGUGAGCCAGCAGAUGGAAGACCAAUCUCUCUCACUCUCUUUCUCAAUCUCGCUCUCUCCUUCUCUCUGAUGCUCUGCCAUUCAAAUACAUAAUGUUUUUUAAAGACCAAAGGACUGAAAGAAGAAAAUGUUAGGCAAGAAGAAAGAGAGGCAGAGAUGAAGGGAAGGGAGAAGAGAGAGACGCAGAGAGGCAAAGGAAUAUGGAAAGAGAAAGCAAAUCUGGCAGAAAAUGAAAAAAAAUAUUGAAAACAAGCACAAUGAAUAAGUGGAAUAUUGCAAACAAGCAAAAUGAUGAGGAAUGAAAGCCACAGAGACAGGAGAAGUCACAGAGGAAGUGGCAGAGAGGUGAAGCGCAAAGCAGGAGAAGAGGGUGCUCAACUAAUUUAUCCAAAGUAGAGGAUGGUUCUGAGGACUUGCUGUGGUAAAGAUGUUUCUGGACACAGAGCUAUUGGUGGUAUAGCUGCUAGAGUGAAUACCCCAAACUCUUACCGUGGUCAUCAAGAAAUGCCCUAUAGGCGAGGACAAGGAUGAUGACCUUAGGGCCCUCUGCCAAGAAUGGGUGGACCCACAAAUGUCUUUGACAUUUUUGAGCCUUAUUCCUGACCUCUUUGGGGCUCAGCAUGUUUACACAAAAGGCAGUUGUCAGUGAUUGCUUCAUGGUGAGAGUUUCGUAUUGGAAUCAGAACUGUGGAAACUUUUAAAUCUCUUGCCAUAAAACAAGCCCAAACAGAAUCAGUUAUGGCAGAUAUACCACACACGAAUGGACACUCAGGAUGGCAGGAGAGGAAAAAUCCAGUAGUGUGCCAAAUUCAGUAGCCUAUGAAGAUGACUGAGAGAGAGAGUACCAUGUCUUCCAUAUAUGAACUGUACACUUGGGUAGAAUCAAUGACUGAGAGAAUAGUGCAGCUACUCUCAGUAUGUAUUCAAUACCUCCUUAGAAGGGAAUCUUUGAAUUUCAAAGAUCCCUGUAACUUUUCUAUAACUCAAGAAAUAUGUAACAGGAUUAUUCUAGAAAUUUUAAAGAUUCAUUUAUUUUCCCUGCAAGCACUGAAUUAUUUCAGAACCUUUGGCAAAUGUAUAUCCAAGUAUAAAUAGUAGCUUCAAAGAAACUUUCUUGUGCUAAGCCAUUAUGAGUUAAACUCAUACUUCUUGCUGUUUGUGCUUUCCUUUCUGAUGUUUAAAAUACUCCUUAGAAAUGUCUACAAAGACUGGGGAUAUAUAGCAUUUCACUUCCUGUCCCCAGGCUGAACUUUCUAGGAUAUGCAAUAAAGAAAAAUCAGUUAACUCUAGUCUUAUACCUCUUGUUUGUAAUAUAAUCAUCAUAAUCCUGCAGUUCAACUCUAACACAUAGAACCUGAGCAUCUACCACAUGCAAUAACUGGAGGUGUUGGGAAGGCAAUGAUAAACAAUUCCUUCAACAAUUAUUUAUGGACAUGGAAUGGACCAAACACUACACUGUUUUUGGUCACUUAGAUUGUAAGAAUGAACAGAAUACAAAUAUCUAUGCAUCUAUGUUCAAAAAUGGUUAUGGAGAUGAAAGGAACCCUUAGAACUGAAGGCAGCAUUGUCUUCUAUUACUCUUAGUAUUGUGUCUUGAUAAAUGUUAAUGUAAUCCAUUCUAAACCUUUAUAUCAGAAUGAUAGAUUCCAGAUUACUUUUUUAUGCAUUCAAUUUAAAAAUAUAUUUUGUAGAUGUGAAAUUUAAAUAGAAACUUAAUCAAUAGGGCCAGUCAUUAUCACUGAAAAGUAAUUGCUCAGGCUCUGGGUGAUCACUUCCACUGAUGCUUAAUUACUAUUUGUCAAAAGGGACCCAUUUUCUCUUUAUUCAGUGCAUCAGUUUAGAACCCUCAAGAAACAGAUGCCAAGAGGGGGUUAGAUGGGUGUUGCAGACUGCAUUAUGCCCCUCCAAAAUUAGUUUGUUGAAGCCUUAAACUCCAAUUUGACUGUACUUUAGAGAGGUUCAAUGAAAUUUUAAGAGUUCAGUGAGAUAGUGAGAGUCAGGUCCCAAUCUAAUAUGAUGUCUUUAUAGGAAGAGAGAGACUAGGCAUGUUCACACACACAGGGAAAUCCAUGUGAUGGAGCCAGAAGGUGGCCAUCCACAUGUCACAGAGAGAUGCCUCAGAGAAACUGUGCUGAUAUCUUGUUCUUGGAUUUCCAGUCACCAGAACCUUGAGAACAUCAGUUUCUAUCAUUUAAGCCCUCUGGUCUGUGUUUAUUAUGCAAAACUUGCAAAUUAAUGCAAUAGGCAAUAAAUUUAUUGGGAGAAACACCUGUGAAAGAAAAAGGAAGCCCCAGGGAAAAGGUAGGGAGAAUAUUCAGGAAGCCCUAUAAUCUGACACCUGUGAAAGAAAAGAAGGAAGUCUGUUGAUAGGAAGUCUCAGUUAUUUAAAUUUCUUUUUAAAGUUUACUCAUUUGAGAGACAGGACACAACACAAGAGAAGAGAUAGAGAAAACGCUCCCAUCUACUGGCUUAUUCCUCAAAUGCCUGCAAUGGGAAAGGGAGCCAAAGUUGAGAGCUAGGAACUCAGUUCAUGUCUCCCAGAAGGGUGGCAGGAACCCAGUCACUUGAGCCAUCAUCAUUUCUGCCUCCCAGGAUCCAUAUUAGGAGCAAGCUGGAGUCAGGAGCCAGAGGUGGGCAUCCCCAGGCACUGGGAUAUGGGCUGAAGGCAUCCUUACUGUUCAUUUAACUGCUAGGAAGUCAUAUUUUGUGCAGUUCUGGGAAGAUUUCAAUGAGAUCGAUGAGGAAUUAUUGAAAAUGUUUGCCCAUCAGAAGAGUGUCCAUCAGGUGGGCAAAGCCUGGCAUAAAUAUGUGUACUGUGCUCAGUUACUGAAUGGAAGCAGCCUUGGUAGUUCCAGGGUAUGUAACAACCAGGGCUGUCAGCAAGGUAUGUUCCACCAGUAGGUUCCCUUGAAGGUUGUAUCAUACUUUACAUGUCUGCUGCAGCUCUGUUAGGAUGCUCUCCUUUAGUAUUAAACCAAAAUCAGACUCUCUAUUCUCAACACUAAAUCAUUACUGACAAUAAACAUAAAGGAGUUAGGAUAUCAUUGGGUGCAAAUAGUAGAAACUCAACUUGAAUUACUUUAAACAAAAGGAGAAUACUUGAAAAAGUAUUUGAUUGACUCACGGAUUUCAAGGGAAGAAAGAAUGUUUCUUGGUCUUAGCCCACUGCAUGACAACACUGGGUCCAUUGUGUCUGUCUUUUACAAGGACACUUAUCAUUAGAGUUAGGGCCCACCUGGAUAAUUCAGAAUGAUCUCAGGAUGCUUUAUUUAACUAAAUUUGCAAAAGUCCCCUUUCCAAUCAAAAUAACGUUCAUAGGUUCUGAGAUUAAGAUAUGAACAUAUCUUUUUUGGGGGCAGUAUGACACCAUUCAGCUCAUUAUAUUUACAAUAUGUGUAAAUUCAUGUUACACGUUAGAUUAACAUUAAAAUUUGAGAUAACAGAAAAUGAGAGUAAUGUUACAUUAUAAUAAGCAUGAAUUCUGAAUGCAUAUUAUUUGGCUUAAAUGUCUUUUUCAUCAGUUACAGCUAUGAGAAUUUGGAUAAGUUAUUUAAUAUCUCCAUGCCUUUGUUUCCUUAUAUGUAAAUUGGGAUAAUAACAGUGCCAUGGUCAUUUGGUUUGCAGAAAGAAAAAACUGCCCAUAGUAAUUGAUGUAUAAGUGUUUGCUAUUACUAUUUUUAUUAUUGUUACUAAAUAGAAUGUUGGUUGAAUUCCUAGAUUCAUUAAAGUAGUGGUGUCACAAUGGGUGAAA